AUGAGUUGUUUUCCAUGUUGUACGUCUGAAGAGAGGAUCAAGAAGAGGUCAUUGAAGAAAAGCAUUAAGCAAUACCAUGAUGCAAAAGUUUUAACUUCAUUUACAAAUAUCUCUUUUAAAACUGAUAGUGGCAAGAGAAGGUUCAUAGCAGAGGAGUUAGCAAAGCUUGGUAAAGGAAAUGUUACUUCUAAGAUUUUCACUUAUCGGGAGCUAUGUGUCGCAACUGAAAAUUUUCAACCUACCAAUAUGAUCGGAGAAGGAGGUUUUGGAAGGGUAUACAAAGGAACGAUUAAAAACACAAAUCAAAUUGUUGCUGUGAAGGCACUUGACAGAAAUGGAUUUCAAGGGAACAGAGAAUUCCUUGUAGAGGUUUUGAUUUUGAGUCUUUUGCACCAUCCUAACCUUGUUAACUUGGUAGGGUAUUGUGCUGAAGGUGAUCAGAGGGUUUUGGUUUAUGAAUACAUGGCCAAUGGUUGCUUAGAAGAGCACUUGCUUGAUUUAGCUCCUGGUAGAAAGCCUUUGGACUGGAAAACAAGAAUGAAAAUUGCAGAAGGAGCAGCAAAAGGGCUUGAAUAUUUACACGAAGAAGCAAACCCUCCGGUGAUAUAUCGCGAUUUCAAAGCAUCAAACAUACUAUUAGAUGAAAACUACAAUCCAAAGCUUUCUGAUUUUGGACUUGCAAAGCUUGGCCCGACUGGUGAGAAAGAACAUGUAUCCACCAGAGUGAUGGGAACUUAUGGCUAUUGUGCUCCUGAGUAUGCAUCAACAGGGCAGCUUAGUACAAAAUCAGAUGUGUAUAGUUUUGGAGUUGUGUUUUUGGAGAUUAUCACAGGCAGAAGAGUCAUUGACAAUUCUAGGCCAUCAGAAGAGCAAAAUUUAGUCCUUUGGGCACAGCCUCUUCUAAGAGACAGAAAGAAAUUCACACAAAUGGCAGAUCCAUUGCUAGAAGAUAAGUACCCUAUAAAGGGUCUAUAUCAAGCUCUAGCAAUUGCAGCUAUGUGUCUGCAAGAGGAAGCUGAUACUAGGCCUUUAAUCAGUGAUGUAGUUACAGCUCUUGAGUUUUUAGCAAACAAGAAAGAAGAGGAUGGAGGACAAUAUACAAAAGAGACUUUUGCUUCUCAGGGUGGAAAUGAUAAUGGAAACGAUGAAGCUAAUGUUGUACACGAUGAUGAUGAUGAUGAUGAUGACGACGACAAUGAAGAGGAUGAGGAUAGUGAUGACGAUGAUGAGGAUGCUGAUAGUGAUAAUGAUAAUGAUGACAAAGGUCAUAGUGAUAAUGAUAAUGAUGAUAAAGGUCAUAGAAGAUAG